AUGAACGACUACGAUGAACUCUACGAAGACGACUUCGAGGAUGACGAGCUUGGCUCUGUCGCCGCCAAGUCGGCCUCGUGCCACGCUGCGUCCAUGUCAACGCCGCAUCGCCCUGUUCCUGCCACCUACGGAACGGCCUCAAAGAGCGGAGUGAUAACCUCCACAGCCACGGGCCAUACCGGUGCCGCAGCCAAGUCUGGGAUGGAGAGUGCUCCACGACGGCCCAUGUGUUCCUUGGGUUCUAGCUUCUCCAGUUACCAAUCAUCUUCGGAUGACCCGCUGCUGCGGUCAGCACACGAACACUGCUGCUCCUCGUCCACGUCGUCGUCCCGACAUCACACGGACCCUCAGCACCCUACCAAGGACAGCGGCGGCCCUCCAUCUGCCGCAGAAUCCGUCAAAGGCCAUCGAGCCUUGCCCGACACCGAUGACGCCAACGCUGUAGUGAUCGCGUCUGAUUUCGUGCGCACACCCAUGUCGCCAAGAAACCUCAGCGCUGUCACCCCCGCCUCUGGGUGCCCCUCCGUUGCACAAACGCCUGGGCAGCGUGAGAUCGCCUCAAGUGGCACCCCAAAGGCGUACGCCAAGCUCGACAAUGAUGAUGGGGUGCAGGUGAUCGCCAGCAUGGGUCGGAAGCAGCUGCGACCAAUGUCUCCUUCCGAGGCGUCAGCGACCGAAACCGCAGCGUCCUCUUGCACCUCCUUUCACUCAACGUCACACGCUUCCUUGUCGCCGGGCCGCGCUGGAUCCUCGCGCCACGGUAUGCCGAGAGCCGGGAGCGGUAGCGUUUCAGAAACGGGGGCAAAGCACCUCCAACGCGUCAAGUUCGCGGGAAACGCCUCACGAAGCUCGUCGGUCGCAUCCUGCAGUAGCGACGAUGAUAGCGGUAGCGGCUGUGGGCGGCUUCACGGCACCUCUCCGACCCCCUUCACCUCCGCCGCAGCGCCCCCGGCGGCCGCAGUGGCGCCUGGCAUUGGGGCACCGGUCACGCGUAAUGUCUCCGCCGAGCGUCGCCACUCCGGAAGCAGCUCGAUCACAACAUAUAGUGUAAAAAAGUUGCUACACCAGUCGAACUACACCUCGGUGGAUGUGCUGGAAGCGGACGACGACCGCGGCCAUCGCCUCACCCCGGCCGAGAUCGACGCUGCAGCGGCCCCAGUCGACGAUGAAGAGGGGGAGGAGGACCACGAGGACGCCAGUGCCAGCAACACCAUGUUACCCGUGGCAGCACUGACAGCACAGCGGCAACGUUUGGCCUCCUCACCGUCGGGUGUCCACUCGGGCUCCUUCACGAGCCUCACCCCAUCCACCCCCGCGGAACCGUCGCUCACAAGCCACGAACCCCCCUCUGCCCACAUCACUACGACAGCGCCAUCAUCCUCAAUGGCACCGACGACACGCUCCUCAUCGAAUCGUGCGCCGCCGCAGAAUGGGCCUGACAGCGUUAGUGCUCACAGCAGCAGCCGUCCACACAACUCGACCUCUGCUGUGGCGCUGCAAACCUCAAGCAACGACGCCUCCCGAUCUAGAUCCGCUUUAUGCGAAGCCUCACCAAAGACGCAAGCGACAAGCGGUGCUGUAUUGCGCGGCGCCAUUCAGCGGCGUCAGGUCACCACUGUUUGCAACGAUGCGAUGGAUGCACGGCUCUUGGAUGGUGUCUGCGACUCACAGGGACCACGUGACGACAGGGGUGACGUCGACACCGACGAGGAUGGUGUGGAGAAGAAGCCGCAGAGAGAUGCAAGGUCGAAACAACUGUCGUCGCCGCCGCCGCCGCUCCCGCCGUCGAGGACCUUCCAGCUUUCGACCACGACGUCCGAAGAUGCCUCCCUUUAUGAAGUGGGCACCGCAAAGACCAAAGGACACACGAAAGUGUCGACCACGGCUGCCAAGGACGGCAACGCGCCUGAGUCGGGUGAACGUGCGGCGCUGCUGGCGCGCGUGGCGCAGCUCCGCGAGGAAAUAGCCACGUGGGACAAUCGCAUUGCACGGCAGCGCGCCUUAAUUAAAGCAGAGGCGGGGAGGUCGGACGGUGCGGCAGCUUCCUCGUCGAAGUGUCGCUCCGCCGACGGUACAGGCGUGGCACGGAGACGCAGGGGCUCGAACGGCGGCAAGCAGCGCUCUGAGUCGGUGGAGCAAGCGCUACACACGCAGGCCGACGCCAAGGGCGACGGUCGUCCCGUCAACGUACGACUCACGAAGCUGAGGCGUGAAAACGAGCAGCUCGAGGCCCAGUACGCGCGCCAAGGCGCCGGGGAGGCGGAGAUGAGCGUGCAGGCGCUCGUGGUGCGGGCAGACACCCAGCUGCAAAAAGCUCGGCUGCGACUCAAGGAAAUCACGGCCGUGCGCCGCGCUCUCGAAAACCGCGACAAGCGUGCCGCGCACACCAUCAAAGAGGUGCACCGUCGUAUGCCGACGGCCGAUGAGCUGGAGGAGCGGCAGCACAACGAGGGUAUUUACUCACGCAAGGGUCUGCUGCGCACGGUGAAAGAGCUCAAGGAGAACGUGGAACGCACACGCGCGGCGACCAAGAUGAUGAAAGCCAGGUGCGCUGAGCUCGAAGCGCACGUGCGGCGCAAGCACCUGUCGUCCAUCCCGCUGAAGGAGUACGAGGCACUCUGCGCCACUCGUGACGCCAACGUGAAAGCGAUUGAGAAGCACAAAACUGCCAUCUUCGUCUACACAAUCGCCUUCGCGCAUGAACUGCGCAACGGCUCGAAAUCCACGUGUGGUGGCGAUGCUGGUGUUUGUGCUACGCAGUCAAGUCGCAGCUCCUGCACGACGUCGCCAUUCAAGCCCGCCAUCUCGCCAGUGCGGGCGGGGGCGACAGCGAAAGAGCAGCAGCAAGUGAUCGCCGAGUACGAGGCGAACAAGGCUGACCGUCUGCUUCAGCAGAAGAGGAUACUGCUGGGCCGCAAGCAGGAGCUGCAGGCGAGCAUCGACACGCUGUUGCAGCGUGUGGAGGAGUACAACGAGCAGAUCAAGGUGAAUCACGCGCAGGCGGGGCUCGGCUACCUCGAUGCCAAUUCUGCUGCUGUUGCCAAGGCUCGCGCGCCCCUGUACGCCGUCGGUGGCAGUAGCCCAACACGCUCGACGCCGGCGACGACUUCAGCGGUGUCUGCGCGAGAUUGCGGCGUCCUGGUAGCGGGAAGCGGUGCUGUGGUGGCGCGCAGGGGGUCGCUGCGAGAUGUACUGCGCUCUCCCGUGACGCGUCGUGUAGAGGCAAUGGAGGCGGCGGCGGAUGCGAAAGGCGGCGGCGGCGCGGCCAUCAAGCACCUCCGCGGUGGCGCCGCCGCUGCGCGCAGGAGAACCCCGGAAAAUGCGAAUGGCCAUGCAAAACAUUCGAACCUCGGCCUCAAAGCGCUACCAGCGCUGGUGCAGACGGGCAAGCGCACCGCACGCGCCGAGGACCGGGCAUCCUUGCCUGCCCUGACAGCAGUGUUAGGCUCGCCAGUGAAGGCGGCGGCGGCCCAGAUGGGCAGCAGCAUUGCCGCUGGUGGCGAGAUGCCGACCUCAUCACGUAAUGCCAUCGAAGAGGAAUUGGGUGACCGCGACAGCAUCGAGGCCGUGCUGCGCAGGAUCGACGCGGACAACACACGACUCGGUUAUGAUAUGUUUGAGUUGGAGGGCAGAGAGAGAGCGGCGCCGCCGGCGUUCCCGGAGAAUACCCAUGACGCCGACCCGGUGAAGGUGGCGGACAACGUCCCCGGUGAUGGUGACACAUUUGAGGUGGAGUUGGUGCCUCACAACGUCAAUGAAGGUGACAACGGUGGCCAGGCCGGUGGAGCCGGUCACCACGAUCAUGCCACCAGCGCGGCGGAGCGCCUGCGUGGUGUUUAUGACAGGGCAAUGCCGAGCGAGCCGCCAACGGAAGAAGAGGAGGUGGAAGAGGAACUCAGUGCCGGCAACAGUGACGAGUCUGGGAGGUCGACGCCUGAGUGGCUGCGGGACGAUUAG